AUGGCGGGAGGAAGAGGACGAGGAAGGCGGGGGAGCCAGGCGGCGAACAGAGAAAAGCAAGGAAACGAUCACACGAGGGAGGCGGAAGCGAUCGAUCGAGACGGCGAGGAGGACGGAACAGACGAGCGGGCGAAGUUAACGGAAACUAAAGGGAGGGCAACUGGAGGGGGGGACGCAGGGACCGGGCAGCGGAGAAAGACGGUAGAAAGUGGCGCGGCAAGAGCCGGGCCAGGGGCUAGCAAAAACAGAAGCGGAAGAACGGGUUGCCGAAAAGGGAGAGGUAAGGAGAGAACGGGAAAAGGAAAGGGAGAAAAAGGGACGAGACAGGGACGGAGGAAAGGGGCAAGGAGAACGGCAGAGGGAUCGAGGCGGAACCGCAGGACAAUAGAAGCAGGGAAGCGGACGAGCAACACAAAGAAACUGAAAAUAAGGGAGGGACGAAGGAAACGGCAAAAGGGGUAUAAGCUCACCCACCGGGACCGGCAGGAACCGGGGAACCAACACAAGAGGCCGCCCACGAGAGACGAGCCAGGAAGGCGGCACCACGAGAGGGACAGGGCGAGAGGACAGGGUCCGGCUAAGAGGGAGCGCAGAGCAGACCAAGAGGACUAG